AUGAUUCGUUCUUACACAAAGGCCAUGCAGACGCCGGUGACAUGGUUCGUGUGCCUACUUCUGUUGGUGACUCGGUCCACUUCGGGAUACACGAUCGACGAACAUCGUGCGGAGGACUACGAAGCCGACCAGAAAGAGAGUAAACAGCGAGAUAUAAAACCGGAGUCUGUGUUAAUGGGCAUCGCCAAGACGUUGAUCGGUGGCAAAAUGGGAGCGACCAGUGGUCAAAACCACUACUGUAUAGACCGUGAUGUAUACCAGAGGUCAGCCCGGGGUUUCUGCAAACUGUCCUCUCUGACCACUUUGUCCAGUCCCUGUAAAUUUUUCAAGAUGGCCAACGGAUUUUGCGAUCUGCCCGACAUCUUGGCUAGUAUUUAAAAAAAGAUUAUAAUAGAAUACCCUGUCAGAAAAUUUUUCGGGAAUCUUAUUUCUAAAACUGUACUUGGGUUUACUGUUUAUAAUAUGCAUAAUAUACUACCUGCUAUUUACUUCUGCUUUCAAUCAAUU